CGAUUAUCGACGACCUGAAGCUUCAAGGUCAGAGCCGACUAAAGUAAGCAUGAGAUUCAGCAGGCUUCCUAGCCUCACCACUUGGCAUUCGUCAUGUGCCUGCAAUAAUCGUUUCCUAAAAGCCCCAUCACUACCGCAAGUUAAACUCUUUUCUCAAAAGCCCGGUGAUGUGCCAAAACAACUGUCUCGAGCCGCCCUAUCUAAUGCCGCCACUUGCAUUGCGAAUCAGUCAGGAUUUCAUACCAAGUCGUCUCACAAGCCCGGUCUUCUCCUGCCCCAGACCAAUCUUCUUUCUAAAUUGCCGACAUCUUGGAUUCCUUACGCUGAGCUACUUCGAUUACAGAAUCCAGUUGGAAUAUACUACCUUUUCUUUCCGUGUCUUUUUUCAACAUUAAUGGCUGCCUCUUCAACGACCCCUAUAACCACGCCUGGUUCUGUCAUUGGUACCUCUAUUUUAUUUCUCUCUGGGGCAGUGUUUAUGCGUGGAGCCGGCUGUGCUAUCAAUGAUCUCUGGGACAGGAAUCUAGAUCCUCAUGUGGCUAGGACCCGGUUGCGACCCUUAGCAAGAGGCGCAAUCACUCCACUCCAGGCUUUAAUCUUCACAAGCUUUAACCUUCUUGCAGGUCUAGGAGUCCUUCUUCAGUUUCCCACCUCAUGUAUACUAUAUGGAAUUCCUAGCUUGUUAUUGGUUGUGAGCUAUCCCCUGGCUAAAAGAAUCACAUAUUACCCUCAAUUCAUCCUUGGUUUAACUUUUUCAUGGGGUAGUUUGAUGGGAUUCCCUGCCCUUGGCGUUGAUAUCAUAUCAGAUUCGACUAUGUUUCUAGCUGCUGGAUGCCUAUACGUCGCUAACAUCAUGUGGACGGUUCUCUAUGAUAUGGUUUACGCCCAUAUGGAUAUCAACGAUGAUGCGGGAGUUGGUAUAAAAAGUAUUGCCUUAAAACACAAGGCGAAUACGAAGUGUAUUCUGGCAGGACUAGCGGCCAGCAUGGUGGGACUGUUAGCUGGGGCUGGAGUUGCUACCGGAGCUGGCAUCACAUUCUACGCCAUUAGCUGUGGGGGAGCAACAUUGACGCUCGGUGCUAUGAUCAAACGCGUCAGACUCAAGGAUCCAGGGAACAUAUGGUGGUGGUUUUGCAACAACUGUUGGAUGACCGGCGGUGUCAUCAGUCUUGGGCUUGCUAUUGAUUAUAGUUUGAACUAUAUUGAGGACCAAAGCGAAGAACGUCUUAAUUGA